AUGCGUUUAGGGCAAUCAAAUGAUGAAAACCGUGAUGAGGUUCUGAGACAGUUUGCCAGCUGGGUUCCUUCUAUCGGCAAUGGAGAGUUUUCAAACGUAGACUCAACAGAUUCAAAUCUCAGUGAGUUUGAUGUGGAUCUUCCGCAGCGUUAUUGCAAUAUGUCUAAGUCAAACUCAAUUGAGAAAAUGAUUGAUGCAGUGUUUCCUAACAUGGAAAAGCAGUACCAUUCGCCACGUUAUCUUGGCAAAAGAGCCAUCCUUACACCAACCAACAAAACUGCCUCUUACAUUAACUCUGUCAUUGUGGAUAAACUUCCUGGUGAAGCAAUUUCAUACUUUAGUCGAGAUGAAGCUCAAGAAUUUGGUGGUUCUGAAUCCGAAUUCCCUAUGUGUUUCCCAUAUGAGUACUUGCACAAACUUAAUAUGCCUGGUGUUCCUGCUCAUGAAUUGAUUCUGAAAGAAGGUGCAAUGGUGAUGUUGAUGAGGAAUCUUGAUCAGACUGUAAGUCUGUGCAAUGGUACCAGAAUGAUUGUUACAAAAUGUCUAAAACACUCUGUUCAGUGCGAAGUUAUAUGUGGAUCAUCUGUUGGCCUUCGUUUUUUCAUACCAAGGAUCGAGUGUUGUCCAAGUGAUACAAAGCUGACUUCCGAAUUUAUUCGCAACCAGCUUCCCCUGCAAAUCUGUUAUGCAAUGACUAUCAACAAAUCGCAAGGGCAAUCUCUCUCUUUCGUUGGUUUGUAUCUGCCCACACAUGUUUUUAGUCAUGGACAAUUAUAUGUGGCUAUCAGUCGUGUUACCUCACCUGAAGGUCUACAGAUAUUCAUCGAUGAUGAAUUCGGGCAAUGCACGUGCAGAACCAAGAAUGUUGUAUAUCCAGAAGUGUUUUAUAAUAUAACAUAG